GGCUACUUUAAUUAAUUACACAGUUUGUCUUACAGCUUAACCGCAUUUAAGAACAUUAAUACAAAGGCAAAAUUUGAAUGUUAUUUUACAAAAAUAAUGAAAAAAAUAGAUAUUGAAGAACCCAAUAUAAAGCAUGAAAAGGCCAGAAGUUCUCCAUGGAUGUUUCACUUUUCUUUGUUUACAGCCAACUUGAUAGUCAUCAUAUCAGGAAGCGCAAUGGCCUUAUUUUCAUUUGCUUAUCCAAUAUUGACUUCAACCAAUGCUGAAGUGAAUCCAUUAGGAAGGCCAAUCACUCCUUUUGAAAUAUCUAUAGUAUUGACAACAGGUGCAAGUUGUGGAGCUUUGAGUAAUGUAUUUAUAGGAAGAGUUUUAGAUAAAUUUGGAAGAAAAAAUGGUAUACGACUGUUCGGCAUUUUGUUUUUUGUAGCUAAUAUAUCUCUUGCGUUUACACGAAAUAUUUAUCUAUUAGUUUUAUCUUUUGCAGUACAAGGAUUAACAACAUCUAGUGGAAUAAUAACCGUAACAAUUUACGGAUGUGAAAUUGCGGAAGAUAGAAAUAGAGGUUGGGUCGGAUGUUUAAGUUCUCUCAUGAUUCCAGUCGGCAAUAUGCUCACAUUUAUUUUUGGAGCAUUUAUCAAUAACUUCUCUUUAUUCAAUCUUAUUUUCGCAAGUCUUGCACUACUUCUAGUACUAUUAUCUUUUUUUAUCGUAGAAACUCCUAUAUGUUUGUCUCUACAGGGGAGAAAGGAAGAGUGUAUAAGUACUUUAAAAAAACUUAGGUAUUACAAAAACGAUAGUGGUCCUGAAAAAGAUUUCUACUUAUUACAAACGAGAUCAGAGGCGGAACCUAGUCAAGUAAAAUUUUCUACUCUACUGCAAGAUAAAUCUACGAAGAAAGCAUUACUUUUGUGUUUUACAAUAUUAACCACGCAACAGUUUUCAGGUUUAUUUUUAAUUAUGGGCUUUAUUGUGCCAAGGUUUACUGACCACAACUCUUCUGUAUCUGGUAGUACAAUCUCUCUAAUAGUAGGGGCUAUUCAAAUAGCUAUCAUUAUUGUUAUUCUUUUCAUUGUCGACAAAAUAGGAAGGCGACUAUUAAUACUUUUGGGAUCCCUUGGAUGUUCGGCGAUGUUGUUUAUAUUAGUCUUUUAUUUUUAUGUAGACCAUAUGAGCUUGCCUCUUUUAAAUAGUAUUAAAUUACUACCUGUUAUUUCUAUAACUCUUUGGAUUAUAUCAUACACUUUGGGAUUGGCACAUCUCCCAAACAUUCUUGUAGGAGAACUAUUUAAUAAUGAGGUAAGGGCUACUGCAAUAGGUACGAUUUAUACAGUGGAACGUAUUAUAGGAAUCGUUUUGAGUUUUGAAUACCCGUUGGUAACAGAAAAAUUUGGGGCUCAUAUUAACUUACUACUAUGCAGUAUUAUCACUCUCAUCGGUUUUAUAUUAUUAUUAAUAUUUUUACCAGAAACUCGAGGUCAGAGUUUUAAAAAAAUUCAAAGUAUUCUUAGUAAGUAAAAAAUUUAAAAAAUAAGGUUAUCAAAUCAUUAUUUUAUAAUUAUUGCACAUUACUAGACUUAGGCAAAUAUGCAAAUUGCAUAUUUUGCAUAUAAUGCAUAAAAAAUGCAAAAAUGUCAAAUUUAGCAUAUUUUUAUAAAAUUAAGCAUAAAGUGCAUAUAAUUUGAAAAUUUGGUGUAUUAACUAUAUAUUUUUAUAUUCAAACUUACAGAUAGCAUGAAAAUGCCAAUAUUUAAUUUUGUUUUAUAAUCACUUGAUAUGUAGUAACUAAUAUAGUAUAGUAACUAAUAAAAGACAGCGGCUUAUAGUUUUGUCCUGGAAUUAAGGGUUUGUGUUUGCCAGUUUAUGUCUCUAGGUAAAAAUUUUUAUUUUGACGGUCAGUUUCAUUUGGUUUCACUUUUGUUGUAAAAUUGGAGGCGUAAACAACGUGUAUUUCUAAUUGUGAAUAAUUAUUGUGCUUUUAAAAUGCCGAAAAUAAGCAAUGUUUCAACUUGGAUAAAACCUUACAAAGAGCCAGCUAUCUAUGGAUAUGGAUAAAGUUUAUUGCUCAUGUUGUGGCAAAACCGUGAGCACAUACGUAUUAUUUUUUAUUUUAUUUUAAAAAUUUACACGGUGGUACAAACAAAGAUUUUAAAAUUGUAGAUUAUGUUGAAGAAAAUACCGACACAAGGCUAGUUCGCAAUAAAUCGAUGUAUUUUCUCUUUUUUCAAGCAUUUUUUAAAAUCCUUGCGAUAAAAAAUAGGAUACCUAUUUAAAAUUCAAAUCAUUCAAUAGUCUACUGAAAGGUCGCUAACAUUUUUUUUCUAACAAUAGCAUAGUUUGCUUUAAUUUUGCUAAAAACAAAAACAUAUCAUAUAUUGGACUUAAUUAAUUAAGUGCUUUUAAUUUAUGCUCACAGUAUUUUUUCUUUAAAUAUAAACAGAAAAGACCAAUAGCCUCUUGUAAAUAUUUGGGGGUUCUUCUUUCUUGCACAGUCAUUUCUUGACAUUUUCAAGAUUACUACACCGAUUUUUAUUUGAUUUAAUUUAAAUUUAAUUGUUAUGCGAAACGGUUCAUUUUUAGUUUAUUUCUACAAUCUUAGAUUUUAAAAAUGGGUUAAACUAUAUAAUAUUUAUAUUCCUUUUUAGAUUUCAUCUGAAAAAAAAAAAAUUUCAAAUAGAUCAGCAUGUCAGAACCGUGAAACAUUUAGCUAAAAAAAUAAACACCACAUCCGGUGAAAAAUAUCAACCUUCAGUGUCCAAGUGCUUUCAGUUAAGUUCCAAAAACAAACCGAAAAAAACUUUUAACGAAGACUUGUGUCGUACAUUAGUAUCUUCUAAUAUACCGCUUUCAAAAUUUUAUCUAACGAAAACUUUAGUUCUUAAAAAAAAUAAGGAAACAAAACAUUCCCAGUGAAAGAACUCUAAAGAGAAAUAAUGUCAAUUUGUUAUACUUCUCAGUUAUCCACAACAUAAAAGCCGAAAUAGGUAAUAAUAUGACUUUUACAUAUGUGUGGACGAAACCACUGACUCGUCAGGAAGAUACAUUGUGCACUUAUUGAUUGGUGUACUUAGCGAUGAAACCUUUCCAAAAUCAGUUAGAGAGUACAGUUUUAAUAAAAGGAUUUGAGUCACUGUGUCAAAGCGUUAACGGUACUAUUGGAAAGGAAAUUUUUCAAAAAUUUAAAGUAACCAUGGGAAAAAAAUAGUUGUUACCAGGUUUUUUCUGAAGUGGUUCAAGUACUAGCUGGGACAUUUUCCGAACCACUUAAUUUAGAACCAUCUAUUAUAGUAAAUUUGAAAAAUGCCCCAGUUACAUAUCAGUUGAUGUCGAAAGAAGUUUUCUAUUUACAAAUAUAUGUAUUCAGAUAGAAGCCAUAAAUUUUUAUUAGAAAAUUUUGAAGAUCAUUUGAUAAUCUAUUGUUACCACAAUUCAAAAUAAUAUUUAUAUGUUAAAAUAAGUGUAUAUAUUAUGUAUUUAUAAUAUUAUAAGUAUUUUUGUAAAUAAAGAAAAUAUUGUAAAUAUUUUUUAUUAUAUGCAUAUUUUCUAGAUAAAUAUGCAUAUUUUGCAUAAAAUACUGCAUAUUUUUGCAUAAAAUACUGCAUAUUCAUGCGCAUAUUUCAUACUUUUUUAUCUGCAUAUUUGCCUAAGUCUACACAUUACACACAUAGGAAAAGUCUUCGGUUUUUUUUUUAAAGAGACACAAUUUCUUCUUUAAGAGUAAACAGUAGAGCGUCAUCAAUAUUUUUGUUUUUCGAAAGUUCUGCGAACUUUCAACAGUAAGACAACAGUGCGUCGGUAAUUCGACACUGACAGUGACAUUUGUACUAUCAAAAACCAUAAUUUCUAUACUCAUAGGCGCGAAAUGUUGCCGAGUUAGUCAAGUUCGAUUUCUUGCGUUCCAUAGUAACAAUAUAUUAUUAAAAAAAAUCACUUUUCCUCUUUUCUCAAUUAAGUAUUAUCUUUUAUUGCAUAGUAUAUAAAUUAUUAUAAUCACUGAAUACAUAGUUAGUGAAAAAUGAUCAUAUUAAUUAACUGAUUUAAUAAUUUAAGCGUUGAUACAAGUAACAGUUAUCCAAGAAGUGUAUUCAAAAGUCAUCUCUAAGUUAGUGGUGACAAUGUCAUUGUCAAGUAAUGUUUAUGUACGUAUCCAUACCAGUGAAAACUUUACUACAGUAGGAAAAAUUAAAGAAUACCCAUGAACGAACAUAUAAAACACGCUGUAUUUUCCUGUCACCGUGUCACACA